AUGAUCACACAUAUCUUUUGGGCCGAUGCAAUUUCUAGACGAUCUUACAAGUUUUAUGGUGAUGUUGUAAUAUUUGACACAACUUACAACACCAAUGCGUAUUCAUUGAUCUUUGCACCUUUGGUGGGAGUAAAUAAUCAUGGGCAGACGAUAAUUUUGGCUUGUGCAUUCUUAAGCAACGAGACAACUGGUUCUUUUACAUGGUUCUUUAAAGAGUUUUUGAAAGCAAUGCCAGGUGAUGCUCCGAGGAUGAUUAUUACUGAUCAAGAUCCAGCAAUGACGAAAGCCAUCUCUGAAGUUCUCCCACAGACAUUUCACAGGUACUGUAGCUGGCAUAUUCUAAAUAAAUUUUCUGAAAAAAUAGACCCAGGAAAAUAUUCUCAUUAUUAUGAUCAAUUUCAAGAUUGCAUAUGGAAUUCCGAAAAUAGAGAUGAGUUUGAUGCCAGGUGGACAACGAUUGUUGAGAAUAGUGGUUUAAGUGAUAAUGGAUGGUUAAAAAUUAUGUACGAUAUUCAGUCAACAUGGGUGCCUGCAUAUGUAAACCAUAUGUUUUCAGCUGGGAUGUCAAGUAGUCAACGAGCAGAAAGUGGGCAUGUUUUUUACAAGAGGUUUAUUUCUAAAGAAAACACAUUGAUAGAUUUUAUGAUACAGUUUAGUCGGGCUGUUACUCGUCAACGACAUAUGGAAUUAAUAGAGGACCAUGUUGACAUCAAUGAGAAGCCAAAUUUUGACUCACAAUUUGAGAUGGCAGACCAAAUGGCUCGUGUCUAUACACAUGAAUGCUUUAAAGAAUUCUAUGCUCAGUUGUCGCAAUGUUGCAAUUACAGAUUUGAGCUGUCACAUGAGAAUGAUACGUACAUGGUGUAUACUGCACUGAGAAAAAAAAUGGAGAACCCUAAGGGUCGUGUGAUUACUUAUGCCAAAGAUUCAGAUUUUGUAUCGUGCAGCUGCAAAAAGUUUGAGAUGGCUGGGAUACCAUAUAACAGAGAUUUGCUUGCUAGACGGAGCCGGUUAUGCCAAUAUGCUGUGGAUGUAAUUGAUAAAAUUAUUGGUAGCGAAGAAGCAAGUGCUCUGUUUUUAGAUUCAUUAAAGGAUGUUCUGGACAAGCAUAAUCACAAGAUGGCUGAUGGUGAGGAUGUUAAUUCUGCAGUGGUGCCAUUUGAACAAAAAUGGGAGUUUGCAAGUGACCCAAGUACAGAUGACGAAGAGUAUUCUAGCACAGGAGUUGAUGAGUCUGCGUAG